GAGUGUGCGGGCGGGUCUUGCGGACCAAAGUUUUGACUCCAGGUGGUGGCCAUUUGGCCCUGCCGGCUGCCUCGUGCAAUGGAACAUCCACGACUUCAACAUCGCCAGUGCGCAGUUGGAGAGCAUCCGCGCGAUGCUGAACGCGGACAUCGACGAGGACUGGGUCUCGGGGGGCCCGCUGGCCACGCAGCCCAAGUCCGACGGCCGCCGUGCCCCGCGGCGCUGCGAGCGACAGUGGAGUGACAUUUUCGGGCGCAUGGUCGAGCUAGCGGCGCGGUCGCCGACGCAUCUGCACCGCUGGCAGAAGACGUUCUCGGCGAUCGACCGCGUCUUCGCCGCGUGCCCAGCCCGGCUCCUCGAGCAAACGCGGCAACGAGCGGGGGUCAUCGAGCCACCUGGGGAGCUGGUCGCCCGCGGGCUCAGCGACCGCGGGGCCCUUCUGGUGCGCUUCGGCCACCGCGACGGCGACGACGACCCCUUUGGGCAGAUGCGGUUGGACAGCGGCUGCAAACCGAUUCCGCCGCCCUUCUUCUGGGCGUCCGGUGCCGGGGAGCUGAUCUCCUUGUUCGCCGCGGCUGUGGCUCCUGAUUCGUUCGCCGCUCGCCCGCCGACCAUGCUGGGCCUGCGCGCUCGCGUCCUGCAGGAGGUCGGCGCCCGCGCGCGGGGCGGGCAGCUGCGGCGGGGACCGAACUCGAAGGCCUCGAGGGCCAUGGUGUUCCGCCGC